ACGCGUUCGGUUUCAGCUUCAGCUCCCACUCGACCGUCCGUUGCUCAACUUCUCGCUAGUUGUGCUAACAUUUUCGCGCGGGAAAUUACAAAGUUUCGACGAGUUUAGAUUCGAGGUAAACCAGUUUUAGUGUCAUCUUUCUCUUAAGCUGAUGAAAGAUUCGUUAAUUUUAAGGAGAUUUUUCAGUUGGGAAUAUUGAGGUUUCUCCGAUAUGCCAAGAAGCAUUGCCGACUUAAAAGCAUCGCGAAAUACCGAUUUCGUGUCACACAUGUUCGACUCUAGUUUCACUCGAACUUAGGGUGGCGGAGGGUCGAUGGAUGAAAAAGAGCCCCCGGGAAGCCCUAAUGGAGGCGAAACUGUUGGGAAUAACAACAAGACCCAUAGCAAAGUACUGUGGGAAAAGGCGGUACGUUCGGUGUCAAGGGAACGUCGGAAAGCCAGACUUACCGCUAUAGCGUUAACGUUGGUGGACAAAACCAAGUUUCAAGACAUCGCUAUUACUCUCACCCCACCUUCUUCACCUAAAAGUUUUACCUCGAACAAUAUUAACGAGAACUGCAACAACUGGAAUAACGAAAAACACAGCAAUAAAUUAAACAAAGAGUCUCGGAUAGCAAUAGACCUCGAGGAUCCAUCGGAUCCUAAAAAACCCAAUGGACUUUACGAUGAUUGUUUCAGUCAGGACAGGGUGUAUUUGGACGAGACGAAUACGAAACCUGACCUCGCCUCGGUUUUUAAAAAAGGGCUCAUGUACAAAGGGAUCUACUGGCCUAGUCUGACCAACAGUUUCCAUUGUAAGCAUUUGGAAUUGGCGUACUUACGUUACUCGCAUCGGCAGAGGCAAAAAGCUUUGAUAAUCGUCAAUAUUGUGGAUCUCCUUUUGAAGGUUGCAUUGAUAAUAGUCUGGCCGAGCAACGAUCAACUCCUAAUUCUCUCAGACUACACAGACGAAAUCAUUUGGUCAGUUUGCUGCAUGUCCAUUAACAUUGCAGUAUGCGUCCUUGGAUGGUGGAGGUGUUUCGCUAACAACUACCUACACUGGGCAGCUGCUUGCACUUGGUUAUUGCUGACCAUUCAGAGUAUCGUUAGCGACGGCAUAGGAUUCGGAUUAAAAGAGAGUUUGGUAUGGUACGUUCUUUUCAUCGUGUUCGUAUCUUACGCGAUGUUACCGCUACCGCUCCGAUGGUGCAUCAUUGCCGGUUGCCUAUCUGCCCUCGGCCACGUCAUCCUGGUAUCCGUAAAGGUCUUUUAUUUGGGCAGCUAUGAGUUGGAAGAGGAGGACUCUUGCAAAAUAAAGCGGAUAUUCGCCAACGUUAUUCUGUACAGUUGCGUAAACUUCGCCGGUAUGUACACGAAAUACUUGACCGACCGCAGUCAGCGGAAGGCAUUUCUGGAAACCCACCGGUCUAUGGAAAUGCGAUACCGCACUCAAGCGGAAAAUGACAAACAGGAGAAACUACUUUUGUCAGUUCUACCAGACUUCGUGGCAAAAGAAAUGAUAAGAGACAUCGAACGUGAGGAACGCGGAGGUCACUUCCAACCGCACCAGUUCCACAAGAUCUACAUCCACCGGUACGAAAACGUGAGCAUCUUGUUCGCUGAUAUUAAGGGAUUUACCGUCUUAGCCACUAAAUGCACCGCACAGGAAUUGGUCAAGAUUUUAAACGAACUAUUCGCUCGAUUCGACAAACUGGCAGCGGAAAACCACUGCUUAAGAAUAAAACUUCUCGGAGAUUGUUAUUACUGCGUAUCGGGCUUACCAGUGCCGAGGACUGACCAUGCUCACUGUUGCGUAGAGAUGGGCCUACACAUGAUCAAAGCCAUUAAAGACACCAGACAUAAGACUCAGGUGGCAGACUUGGACAUGAGAAUAGGCAUCCAUUCCGGUUCGGUACUAUGCGGGGUCCUCGGUCUCCGAAAGUGGCAGUUUGACAUUUGGUCCUACGACGUCCGCCUGGCGAACCACAUGGAGUCUGGAGGAAAACCCGGACAAGUCCACAUAUCGGAGGCGACCUUUCAAUGCUUGAACGGGGCCUACGAAGUGGAACCAGGCAAUGGCCAAGAACGAGAUUCGUAUCUGAAGGAGCAUAACGUCACCACUUAUUUGAUAAAGCAAUGCGAGCCGAUGUUGCUUCGAAGGAGGCUGGCGUCCAGACCAAGCAUAUUCUCAAACAAACUGUGGCCGGAAGAAGAGAUCAUAAACAGCAACGUAAGUACGCCAAAGUCACCGAAAACGCCCAGUUUCCCGUCACGGACACCCUCGAGGGAGAGGAGCGACAGCGGUAUCCAACAUAGCGGCAUCGAAGACGAGAACACCACCGACUGGACGCCGGAAAUACCGUUCGAAAACCUUCACAGAUCGAUAUCGGCAGACCUGGACGAAACAUUGGAGCCAAAGGGUAAACAGAAGUACGAACUGAACGCGCCUAAGAAGGUGGUCAUCGAGCAGGUCGACGACAUUAUCGAUCAUAGCAUUGAGAUCGAGAGUAACAAAAGGAUGCGGAGUGCCAACGUUAAUCCUUGGACCCUUAGGUUCAUCGAUAAGGAUAUGGAGUGGCAAUUCAGUCAGCUACGAGAAGACAUGUUCAAGUCCAACAUGCUUUGCUGCUACAUCAUAUGGUUGUUCAUCGUCAUUACCCAGCUGGUAAUCACCUUGUCUCCGCUAGUAAUCUGGCUUCUAACAAUAGUGACCCUAAUCCUAACCGCGGCCUCGAUCCUGGUCAUGGCCGAGGAAUUUCAGCAAUUUCCAGGAUCCUUGCAGAAAAUCUCCUCGACUUUGGUCCACAACAAAAACACCAGGACCGCCUUCAUUUGCAGCAUCAUCAUCGUGAUGGCGCUCAGCACUUCGGUGAGUUUGUUCCAGAGUUAUCCCAUUGGCUCCUCGGGAUUAACAUCAUCAAGUGUCUUAACGAGAAACUUCAAUAGUACCGUCUCUGAUAAAUUAGCUAACAAUACGCCACUGCUUCUGAAGAAAAACCCCUUAUAUGUGACAGAUAUUGAGGUGAAAACCUUGGAGCAAGAGUUGACCCUUAACCUGACCCUUAAUGCUAAAUUGAACACUGGAAUAACAUUGAAGAAUAUGAACUGUAGCGGAGAGUGUUUGCGAAAGUUGGUUCGGGGGUUGCAAGGGUUGUUCGCCAACGAGAGCACCUCCAUGAUCCAGAUCGGAAGCCUCAAAAAUGAUACAGUCCUAAAGUUUAGUGAUGAAGGAAGAAACAUGACGCAACUACUGCUAGGAAGACGGAGAAAACGAGCAGUGGGUCUACAAAAGUUGAGCAGAAUAAAAAGAGACGUCGCCAAUUCAACUGCGGACAGUUGCGAAACAGCUUACUGUACACACCCAGAGUAUAUAGUGUUCACGUGGGUCCUAUGUAUGAUCGCACUCGCCACAGCUCUGAAGCUUUACUAUCUAAUUAAGCUACUGUUGACGUUACUGAUGGUGGGAGUUUAUACGAUUUUGAUUUUGGUGCCGUAUAAGCCUAUUUUCGAUUCGCUCGCUUCAACGUCCAAUGGAGUGACCACGCCUCUUUCGGCCCAAAUGCUUAUACUGUUGGUAGUGUUUUUCCUGAUGGUGGCGUACCACGCACGCUUGGUGGAGGUCACCUCACGUCUGGACUUCUUGUGGAAACAACAGGCGGAACGGGAACUCGCCGACAUGGAGGAGACCAGGCAGAACAACAUGCAACUGUUGACGAACAUUUUGCCCGAUCACGUUGCCCAGCACUAUUUGUCCAGCGAUAGAAACAGUGAUGAGCUAUUCUCCCAGUAUCGGGAGGAGGUGGGGGUACUGUUUGCCACCAUUCCCAACUUUACAGACUUCUAUUCGGAGAAGAUCAAUAAGGGAGUGGAGUGCAUCAGGCUGCUUAACGAGAUCAUUGCUGACUUUGAUGAGCUGCUGGACGAGGAAAGGUUCAGCUCCAUUGAGAAAAUUAAGACAGUCAGCGCUACUGCAACAUACAUGGCUGCCUCGGGUCUUAACCCAACCCACAAGGAUUCGGACAAGAACACCGAUAGCGUGGAGCACCUGUGCGCCCUAGUGGAUUACGCAAUGUCAAUGAAGGAGAAACUCGAGGAGAUCAACAAGGACUCGUUCAACAAUUUCGGCUUGAGGGUCGGGGUGUCUUGUGGGCCCCUCGUGUGCGGGGUGAUCGGGGCCAGGAAGCCCGUGUUUGAUAUUUGGGGCGAUACGGUCAAUCUCGCUUCCAGGAUGGAUUCCACUGGAUUGAUUGGAUAUAUUCAGGUGCCUAAGGAAACUGCACAAAUGCUGGGCGUAAGAGGUUACGAGCUAAAAAAACGUGGCAUAGUGGACGUAAAAGGAAAAGGCCUUAUGGAAACGUUCUUCGUGAUGGGACGACAGCUAUCCAGACCGCCCAGCUUCCAAAGGCAACCGAGCAACUACAGCACCUUGGCAGCGGUGGUAUACGCCCUUGCACAGACCCGAAAGAAACAUACUGGAAAUACUCCAGGCAGUGCGGUCCUAGGUAGAGCAAGAACCCAAGGCAAAACCGACAUUUCCAGGAAAAUCAUCAACUACAGCUCGAUGAGGAUCACGAAUAAGACCUCGGGCGGUCCAGUGAGACGGAACACCACCAGGGGAAACCCCAAGAAUAUGCACGCUAGGUCCCAGCCCAAUAUGCGCCAAAUAGGCUCGCACAACUUCGACAACUUACGAUCAAUGAAAUCGAUGGAUAGAGACGUGACCUCGACGACGAUUAGUCGUAUGGCAGUGUCUCAAUCUGCACCGCAUACUCCAGUGUCUGCCAACAAUCAUUCUGAGAACGUUCCAUUCAAAUCCGUGCCAAGACUACUCUCCGAACCAAUAGUUAAUAGGUCAAGAAGUUCACCGAAUUCGAACCAAAAAUCAAAAUAUCAACGAGAAACCUUAAAUAAUAAGAGCGCCCCGGACACUUCAGCUGCAGAAGCUUCGGAUAGCUUCAAGGUGAGAACAUCCGAAGCUAUUGUCCCGGUACACUCUCCGAAACACUUAUUAAAGAGAGACACAAAGUUUUCAUUGAGGAGCCCGUUGAGUAAGAGGGUUCAAAUCGACGGGAGCAAGAGAGAUAAGCUGAAUAAAGUGCAUUCUUUAGACGGUACGCACGUUUAGGGUCCUAACUUUAUUAUAUAAUAUAUUUUAUACCUUUACUUGUGCAUUUUGGUGUUUUAUAUUAUAUUUGUAUCUAUGUGUCUAAGUUAUGGUAAUUGAUUCUUUCAUUGUAUGAGUUUUAACUAAGCAGUAGUAUAAAGCGACCAAAAAAAUCAGUAUUAGGUUAUCUGAAUCGAUCAUUUACAAAUGUGUGUACAGAAUAAAAUACUUUUCUUCCUCUGUAA